CAGACUGGAGGAGAGGCUCAACGACCGCACACGUCACACAAUAGGGGCUCACCCUGCUAUAAAAAUGUGAGAUGUGUGCGCCAGCCUUCCCUCUCUCCAUCCCUCCCUCUCACACACAGUCAUCAGAGAGAGUAUGAGAAGGCUGGACUGACUGGAUCUACUAUACACAGGACUGGACUACUACAUUGGGCUACUGCAGCAGCCAACACUGAUGACCUGAGGUACACACUUCUGAUACCUCUGUCUGACGCUACAGCACUUAACAGGAGAGCAGCACUAUGACCAAGAAGGUGUUCACCAACACACGGGAGCGCUGGCGGCAGCACAACGUCAACACUGCCUUCACUGAGCUCCGCAAGCUCAUCCCCACCCACCCACCAGAGAAGAAGCUGAGCAAGAACGAGAUCCUGCGGCUGGCCAUGCGCUACAUCAACUUCCUGGUGCAGCUGCUGGAGAGCCAGAGUGGUCAGCCGGCCUCGCACUCCCCCACCGCCCUGCUCACCUUCCUCAGGGGAAAUGUGGAACGUCUCCACUCCUCCUCCCGGACCUGGGGCCUGGCCAGCGACACUGACGCCCCCUCCCCUGGAUCAAGCUGUGACAGUACCGAGGCCUGGUAGUGUGCCUGCUGCAGUUUCCUCUGAUGGGUGAUCAUCCACCACUCCCUGGGGUAAAACUGUAUGUCACCAUGCCCCCAUCCAUAGACUCCAUUUUAGCUCUGCGACACUUGAGGAGGACAGUGUUGGUGGUGAUGGCAAGCAGACGAUGUUUGUGUGGUGUUUGUGGAUGAUGCUGUCCCUGCUGAAUUAAAGAGAUGGAGAUGACUUUAUUUAGCUACACUUAUAUGUUGAUAUUAUGACAGGGGAUGAUGGGAGCCUUGUGAAAUGUAAUCUGUUAUCUGCAUGGAUGUACCGGUAGCUUGGAUGUAUUCCCAUCUUCAUGUCUGACAUGUAUGUUCAUCCUGUCGGUAGUGAAAGAUGUCUGCAUCAAAAACGUUUAGUUUUGAAAUGAGAAAUAAGGAUGCAUUAAGGCCAUGAAGGACAAUUUAAAGGAUUAAGAAAUAGAAAAUGUCAAUGAAUUUUUUGGAGGAAAGUCAUUUCAGGAAAGAUAAAGUCUUGUCCAAUUCACCAAGGACUGCAAUCCAAUUACAAAAAUCUAUGGGGAUUUUUUUUGUGUGUGCUGAAAUUACAAUUUUAUGAUGAGACCUUGCUUACUUGCAAAGCACUAUUUAUUAUCAAAUCCUGCAAUAUGACCACAUUCCUUGAGUGACACAUUGCUCUUAUAUGUACUGAUUACAUACAGUAUUGAUUGAUUAUUUAUUUGGACAACAGGGAAUGAGCUGUAGGAUAACACAACUGACAAUCCUCUUUGAAAUAUGUUUCAAUUGCAGGACUGUAUUGAAUGAACAGAUAACAGGAAUAGUUUUUCUCUGUCCAUUCAAGUAUUUAUUCAUCUUGCUCUUUUUGUACAAUAAGCAUGUCAUGUAGCCAAAGAUUUUUAUUUGACCAUCUUUUGUCAAGGCUAUUGUGAUUAAUAUGCUUUUUUUUGUAAAAUGUUGGUUAAUAUUGUUAAUGUUAUUUAUUGGAACUAUUUAUUUAAUAAAUUAUUU